AUGACGCAUGAACUUCGGGAACUUGAAGAUAUUGGCGGUCAGAUAAUUGCAUACGCCGAUGAUAUUGUAAUAGCUAUCUCGGAGAGCAACUCGAAAAAAUCAUCGCUGAAAAAUAAACGCGUACGCACCAUCUUCACGCCCGAGCAGCUGGAACGAUUAGAGGCCGAAUUUGAACGACAACAAUAUAUGGUGGGACCGGAGCGAUUAUACUUAGCGCACACGUUGCAAUUAACCGAAGCACAAGUGAAGGUGUGGUUCCAAAAUAGACGCAUUAAAUGGCGCAAACAUCAUCUAGAAAUCACACAACAACGCCUUGCACUGCUACGCCAAAGCCAAUUACCAGGCGCUGUUGAGCCGACGAACGCUGGCGUCGUUGUAGCGGGCAAUUCCAUAGCAGUUAGCAAUAGCAUGCCAACUAUCAAUAAAACAAAUACAAGCAACGAUGUUCGAACAUCUUCGCCAAUCAGUUGUGGUGCGGAGGAUGUUGAUGAGCUCAGCAAGCAGGGAGAAGAAUUUCACUCACUCAGUCGUGGCAGUCAUUCAAGCUCAGAAUCUGAUCUUUCGAUAUGUAAUGACUCGAUUGAUGCUGGCAGUGCGGUGGAGGGCAUUGAGGAUACAUAAAAUUUGUGAAUCGAUAUGCAUUGGUGUUUGUAUAUACAUACAUAACUAUUAAGUAUUUAAUGAAUAACCGUUUAUAUAAAAAUUAUGUAGAAUAUAUAAUACCGCACUGAGAUUAUAAAUAA